AUGGCACCCACAACCUCGGCCGUUACGAGCCAGUUGAGGCAGAUUGUUUACUACCAUCUCGACAACAUGUCCUAUGAAAGUGCACUAUUCUUUGCGGAAAGAUUGGCUGCCCACGAUCCUCGCUCGAGCGAAUCGCCGUAUCUCCUUGCACUCUGCCAUUUUCGACUUGGUGACUAUCACUCAGCUUAUGAAAUCAGCAAAGCCGUCGGAUACCGUGGAAGCAAUGUCUCUUGUUCAUAUAUAUUUGCACAGUGUUGUCUCGCACUUGAACGAUAUAAAGAUGGGAUCACAGCAUUGGAGAAGUCUAGGAGUUCAUGGCCUCGGAAAUCAAGUCUGGGCAAGCACAGCGCAACGAAUAGGGCGCAAUAUCCAGACUCUGCAAGUAUUGCAUGCUUGCUUGGUAGGCUCUACAGGGCCUACGAUGAUAAAAAUAAGGCAAUAAUCAACUUUGAAGAGGCGCUCAAGCUAAAUCCGUUUAUGUGGGAUGCAUUCACGGCUCUGUGCGAUAUGGGUGCCGAUGUCAGGACAGCUAAUAUUUUCAAGCUGAACGACAUGUUAAUAGAUAGCUCGAGCACGGCUCAACUAAAUGGGAUUCUCUCGGAGCAAAAGGAUAGCACCGCACCUAAUCUAGUGGAAACCCAGCCUAAGAAGGCUGUGUCCCGUUCAGCGGUUUACGACACUAUAGGGGAUCCUUUCGAUUCACAAAGGUCAACAGCCGGAAACGAGAUACUCCCCGGCACUAACUUUCUCUCCGGCGAGAAUGAUUUCGUGUCUAAAAUCAACGCGGCUCGCUCUAGGAUGGCUGCUACUGUCGAAACAGGGUUUGAAAGUGUGGAAACGCCGACAACAAACCAUACGGACUCGAAUAUUCCUCGAAUUAAUCACCCACCAGAACCCCCUCAAGCUCCUGCUAGAAAAACGAGGAAUGCCCAGCCUAUUGAGCCCAACCAGAUGGAUGUACCCUCGAAGAUAGGAUAUCGAAUGGGUGCCAAGAGAACUCAAAAACUACAGGAUAGGUCUCAAGAAGACUUCCCUCCAGAGCACAAUCAUACUCUUCUUAGGCCGACUGCCUCUGGUGCGUCUGGGAUAGAGAGAAAGAGGACUGUUUCUGGUCACCUUGUUCAGCCAAGGCAACGGCCGGAUGAACCAGGCGCCCCUCAAAGACGGAGCGCAAGAUUAAACCCGUUUGGGGGUGCCAAUGCGAAGGCUAACGCUGCGUCAACUGUUGCCCCGACACGAGAAUUGAAGAAGGCUAGGCCCCCUAUCUCAAGGAUCGUACGUCCGAAUUCGAGCGGUUCCAACGUCGGCAGAGCUAUUAGCGGUAACAGGAAACCGUUGGAAGAAAAUGGUAUGGAUGUAGACCAGGCUGAGGUACCACGGAUAAAAGAAGUCCAUUAUCCGCCUCCCGUUACCAAAUCCUCGGAACCGGAAUCUGUUAGGGUUGAGGAGACGUUAAAAUUUCUACUGGAGUUAUUGAAGAAAUUCGGCUCCGGCUAUCUAGCACUAUCGCGGUAUCGGUGCGCUGAAGCUUUAGCUUUUUACACGGCACUACCGAGGACGCACCAAGAAACACCGUGGGUGCUUUCACAAAUUGGGAAAGCAUACUACGAACAGGCUGCAUACGCGGAGGCAGAGAAGUUUUAUAGGAGAUUACGAAUACUGGCUCCUACUCGCCUUGAAGACAUGGAAGUCUACUCUACCAUUUUAUGGUUCCUUAAAAGAGAGACGGAUCUAUCUUUUCUUGCCCAUGAACUUGUCGAUUUGUCGUGGCAUUCCCCUCAGGCUUGGUGUGCGCUUGGAAACGCUUGGUCACUCGCCCGAGACCACGAGCAAGCAUUGAGAUGUUUCAAGCGCGCCACCCAACUAAACCCCAAGUUUGCUUAUGCAUUUACUCUACAGGGACAUGAGCACGUUUCAAACGAGGAGUAUGAGAAGGCCCUCACGGCGUAUCGUCAAGCAAUAUCGGCCGACCGUCGGCAUUAUAACGCGUAUUAUGGUAUCGGUAGGGUCUAUGAAAAACUGGGCAACUACGACAAGGCCUAUAUACAUUUCCACUCAGCAUCCGUUAUAAAUCCUACCAAUGCCGUCUUAAUAUGCUGUAUCGGCAAUGUCCUCGAAAAACAGCGACAGAUUGUCAAGGCUCUCCAAUUUUUCACUAAGGCCACUGAACUUGCUCCGCACGCUGCACAAACUCGAUACAAGAAAGCUAGAGCUCUGUUAGCUCUUAAUCAGCUUGAUGAAGCCCACAAGGAACUUGAUAUUCUGAAGACUCUUGCUCCUGACGAGGCCACUGUGCAUUUCCUCCUCGGGAAGUUAUAUAAGACCUUAAACGACAAGGGCGCCGCCGUACGGCAUUUCACCAUUGCACUGAAUUUAGAUCCCAAGGCAAGCCAACAAAUCAAAGAAGCUAUCGAGAGCCUUGAAGAUGACGACAGCUUUGACGAUUCUAUGAUGGCAUGA